AUGUCAGCUGUGGGACAGCUUUUCGGAGGAUCCUUCCUCUCGGCGUUCCUUCAGGUGGCUUUUGACAGGUUCACCUCUCCUGAGUUGCUGGAUUUCUUACUCAGAUGGGAAAUCGACUUGGAUGAAGUGGAGUCACUGAAGCGGACGUCAGCCAUGAUUCACAACAGUGCUGUGAAACUCUGGCUCGACCACCUCAAACAACUCCUCUAUGAUGCUGAGGACAUACUUGAUGAGUAUGCCACUGAACUUCUGCGGUUAAAAUUGGAAUCUGCUCACCAAACCCAACAGGUACGCAACCCUGUUCCUCUCACUCCGUCAACUGAAAUUAGUGUUUCUUCUUGGUUGAACUUCGGCAUAGAAUCUGCAGUUAAGGUCAUCAAUGAAACUUUAGAAGGAAUACAAGGCAUUGGGCCUAAGAUCUAUAACAUAGCCGAAGAGCUGAGGGGAAUUAAAAGAUUUGGAUAUACAGUCAGGGAAAUCAACCAGAGGUUAAAAAGUGUAGCACAAGAAGGUGUUGCUCUAGGUUUGAACUCGAGCAUGGGAUUUGGGUCCUCAAGGCCCUUGGUAUUCAGUCAAAGGCCACCCACGAGUUCUUUGGUAAAUAAAUAUAAAGUUUUUGGCAGAGAGAAAGAUAUGGAGAAGAUUGUUGGAUGGUUGCUAUCAGCCAAAACUCCAAGUCCCAGUGACAAUGGCAAUAAUGUCUCAGUGCUACCCAUAGUCGGCAUGGGUGGAGCUGGGAAGACAACCCUUGCUCAACUUGUUUAUAAUGAUGACAAAGUUAGGAAUCAUUUUCAUCUGAAAGCUUGGGUCUGUGUAUCAGAAGAUUUUGAUGUGGUGAGGUUAACCAAAGAAAUUCUUGAGUCAGCCACUGGUAUAUCCCCUUUUUCUAAUUCACUGGAUUUGCUACAGGUGAAGCUUCAAGAAGCAUUGAGCGAGAAAAGAUUCUUAUUGGUUCUUGAUGACAUGUGGAAUGAGAACUACGAGAGAUGGGAUGCUUUAAGCACCGUUUUUGCAUUUGGUAAACCAGGGAGCAAGAUUUUGGUUACAACACGAAACAAAGGCGUUGCAUCAAUUGUGCGCACUGUUCCAGACGAUCAUUCUCUAAAAGGUCUAUCAGACGAGGCUUGUUUUUCACUGGUUAGAAGACAUGCUUUCAAUGAUGAAAAUUCUGCUGAUGCAAAUCGAAAGUUGAAAGUAUUUGGAUAUGAAAUUGUGAAGAAAUGUAAGGGCUUACCUCUGGCUGUAAAGACACUUGCUGGCCUCUUGCGAGAUAAAAGGGAGAACAGUCAAUGGAAAGCUAUUUUCAAUAAUGAAAUAUGGGAUUUAAGAGACAAUGACAUACUUCCAUCGCUUAUGUUGAGCUACCAUCAUCUACCACCUCUUUUAAAGAGAUGCUUCGUGUACUGUGCUUUGUUUCCCAAAGACUAUGUAUUUAGCAAGAUUGAAUUAGUCGUGUUGUGGAUGGCAGAAGGUAUUGUUCAACCAAAAGGAAGCAAACGAUUGGAAGAUAUAGGGGCUGGGUAUUUUGAUGAGCUAGUUAUGAGGUCCUUCUUUGAGUUAUCUAAUUGUUAUCGUCCUUUGAUGGAAGGCCCGUUGUUUAUUGACCUAUCAAAAGAAAUUCACAAAAGAUCAUUUUUUGAGUCAUCCAGUAACACGGGAUCAGGAUUUGUGAUGCAUGAUCUGAUCCAUGAUUUAGCACAAUUUGUUUCAGGUGGAAUAUAUUGUAGGAGAGAGUAUGAUAAGCCGUCCCAAGUUCUUACUACAACCCGUCACUUGUCCUAUGUUAUGGACAAUUACAAUGCUGAAACAACAGAAUCUGAGGCCAUGAAAAGCUUACGCACCCUUCUAACUCUAAAUGAUAUUGUAGGUAGUUCCAAGCAUAUUUUUCCCACCAUGCAAUUCCAAUUCCUGCGCGUGCUACGUUUUAGAAAUUGUUGCAAUUGUGUGUUGCCUGAAUCAGUUGGCAAGUUGAAACAUCUACGGUUUCUUGAUCUCUCGUUUUCUGAUAUUGUGAGGUUACCCGACUCAAUUGGAACUCUUUACAAUCUACAAGCAUUGACCCUUUCUGGCUGUGGGAGGCUUAAACAGUUGCCUAAAGAUAUUGGUAAACUUGUAAACCUUCGAUAUCUUGUUCUCCCUGCACAUUGGGGUUUCCGUAAAAUUCCAUUAGGAGUGGGUAACUUGACUAAUCUUCAAUUGUUGAGCACAUUCGAUGCGGGGCCAAAGAAAAAGUUGUCCCAACUCCGUGGGACUCUGGACAAUUCAAAUUUGGAAAAUGUAGGCAAUAUUGGGACAGAAACCAUGAUGGCCAAGCUGCAUCUUCUUGGGCUACAAAUGCACAACCUCACGUCACUCCGAGUUCUUCGAAUAUCAAAUUGUGAGAAGCUGGAGUCAUUAUCCAAGGAACUAUGCACUCUAACAUCUCUCCAAAGAUUAGUAAUCGGAAGUUGCGCUGAUCUUGUGUCCUUCAAGGAAACAAGAUUACCCGCUGCACUUCGAGAAUUGAAGAUCUUUGAUUGUGAGAAUCUGCGGUCACUACCCAAGGAGCUACACACUCUAACGUCUCUCAAAGAAUUACAAAUCGAUAGUUGCCCUGCUUUUGUGUCCUUCCAGGAAACAGGGUUACCCACUGCACUUGAAGAAUUGGAGAUCAUAGAUUGCAAGAAUCUAGAGUCCCUGCCCAUGGGACUACUGCACAGCCUCAAUUCCCUCCAAAGAUUAGAAAUUAAAGAGUGCCCUUCUCUUGAAUGCAUUUCAGACAUGGGCUUACCCACCGCGCUUCGGGCGGUAUCGAUUCUAAAUUGUGGGCAGCUGAAUUCCUUGCCCAAGGGGCUGCACAAACUCACAAAUCUUAAACAACUGGAAAUUGUGGACUGUUCUUUUCUUAUGGAGUGCAAGAAUCUUGAACCGUUACGUAUCUCAGGUCUUCAUAAUCUCAUCUCUCUUUCAUAUCUCACCAUUGGUGGAUGUCAUGCUCUUGUGUCCAUUCCAAAGGGCCUGCUUCCCAGCAACCUGAUGGAUUUUUGCGUCAAAGACUGCCCAAUUCUUGAAUCCCUAUAUGAUGGACUCUCUGACCUUACCUCUCUUAAAGGUUUGGAGAUCCAGAAUUGUCCAAUGCUAACACAACGGUACCAAAAGAAGGAAGGAGAAGAGUGGCCCAAGAUUGUCCAAAUCCCUAAGGUGAUGAUAGAUGGCAUAUGGCAAUAAAGUCUAAACACCACAUAUGGAUCUGGCCUCUUGUAAUAAAUUCUAUGGAUGAAGUACCACAGACAGAGUGUCUAUUAUGCAAACCCACAAUAAAGGCAGAGAUGCAUUGCAGCUAAUAUCAAGUGAGGAGAAUCACGAGAUGGAAUACUUUUAUUUGAAAAUGUUAAGAACCAACAAAAAGGGACAUGGCAAUUUCAUGGAACUUUAAUUUCUCUCAGAUGGAAUGCUUCUUUGAAAAUGCUCAGGAAUAGACACAAAGCGACAUGGCAAUUGCGUGGAACUUUUCAGCAAAUUAGUGCAACCUAGCAUUGUAUAUAUAAGGUUUCACUUUUCAGCAUCCCAUUAGUUUUCUGCCUACCCGAAAGCUUCAAUUGGCCACUAAAACUCAUGUGGGUUUAGUACAGGAGUAAUCUGUUCUACAAGUCAGCUGGUUAUGUUACGCAGAGGGCACACUUCCACAGUAUGUGGGUAGGUUAACUGUUCCAUCUCUCUCUCUCUCUCUCUCUCUCUCUCGCUCUCUCUCUCUAAUUUAUUUUUCAGCUCUUUGCAGAAUUAUUGGAAAGUUAGAAUUGUGGGGUUAAUUAAUUCUAUUCUUACUUGUAUCCUCCACUUUAACUAAGUACAUAAAGAGUACAAACAAUCACUAUAUUCUGUGUAUGAAAAGGUAAGCCAGUUAGAACUCAUGUCAGAACUAUUAUUGGUUAGAUU